UCUGUUCACCACUUUCUGAGUGUGUGUACGUGUAGCAGAGACGAUGGGGAAACGAACGACGAAAAGUUCGAGAUCGCAAACGUUACCUUCAUCGCCGUCGCAUUCUAUCUCUUCCUCUUCAUCAUCCAAUUUCGAAUUCACUAUCUCUGUUUCACCUCAUCAAGCCUCCACCGCGCUCUGUCCCGCCGAUGAGCUCUUCUACAAAGGCCAGUUGCUUCCUCUCCAUCUCUCCCCACGCCUCUCCAUGGUCAGGACGCUCAUUCUCGCUUCCUCCAGAACGUCGUCGUCGUCUUCCGAAACUAACAGCACCACCGCGUCGCGCGAUUCCACCGAAUCUCACUCCUCCUUCAACAGCGGCAUUCUUCUUUUCGCCGAUUGCGAUUCCUCUAGACCUAGCUCCGUCACUGAGGACGACGAGUGCAGAGCGCGAUUCGGUUCCAAUAUGGUGAAGAAUCUAAAUAACAACAACAACAACAACAACUCCAAUCCUAAUUUGCAGAUUCCGAUUAAGAAGAGCAAGUACUUCUCGCUAUCGAAAAUUUCUUCAAUGUUUAGAAAAGAAUCGACGAAAAACAAUCCAGACCUUGAAACUGUAUCCGGAUCGCACAUCAAGAAAAUUAGCUCCUCCGCGAAGGAAGUUUUCAGGAAGUAUUUAAAGAAAGUCAAGCCGUUAUACGGAAAAAAUUCACAAAAGCAGCAACAGCAACAGGAAUGGACGACGAAAACAGAUAGAUCUAGUAAAGAGGACAAACCAUCAAACAUUGAAUUUUCAGGCAGCAACUCCGGGAAUGAAAGCGGAUCAAGAGCAGUAUCGCACUCAUUUUCCGGUAAUUUGAGAUAUCCGAGAAUAAGAACCAUAGCCUCGAGUUGUCCGUCAUCGAUUAGGUCAUCGCCGAGCCACUCCGGCAUCCUAUCGUCUCGGAAUAUGUAUUCGAGUAGUAGGACGAAUUACGGCAACGCGUCGUCAACGGAGGAGUUGCAGAGCGCCAUUCAAAGUGCAAUCGCUCACUGCAAAAACUCCAUGGUCCAAAGCAAAGGGCGCCAAUGAGUAAUUUGAUUAACGAAAUAAUUAACUAACUAUUUCUUUCGC